AUGGCACAUGUGAUAAACAUCAUUUGCCAGGAUAUUCUGAAAAAUAUAGAUGAAGUUAUUGUGAAAAAUUUUGAGGCAAUAAAAACUUUUUGUUAUUCUGAAUAUGAAACAUUUGGCAACAUUGCCUUGACUAAUGGUGACAAAAAUAAAAUAGAGGAACUAAUUCCUUUAUUAAAGCCAUUCUAUGAAACCACCUUGGAUUUAUCUGGAUCCUCUUAUCCAACUAUUGGCAUGUGUCUUAUGCUAAUGGAAAAUAUACAAAUACAUAUUGAAAAUAUGUUUACUUCCAAUUCUUUCCCCUCUUUUAUUGAUGCACCUUUUACAUUGAAAGUCACAAAAAAAAUUAAUCACUAUAUUCAUACAUUUUUAAGUAUGGAGUCCUAUAUUAGGACUCUAUUAGACCCCAGAAUUAAAAAAGUUCACAUGUUUAAUUUAUUAAAUACUCAUGAAAAUUUUAUUCAAUUUAAAGAAAUAUUUGAAAAAUAUGCAAGCACUUUAUCAAGUGGCAUAAAGUCAAACAAAGAAAUAUCUUUGAGGGAGAGAAUAGCCAGGGAUAGGCUCAUGGGAACUGGGACAUCAGCAGAGAAAGAUGAUAAUGAAAUCCAAAGCUAUUUAUCUGAUAUUUUAUAUCCGACUAACAUACUAGAUUGGUGGGAAGGGAAUCGAUUUCGAAUUCUAGCCAAAAUAGCUAUGGACUAUCUCCCACAACAGGCUACAUCUGUAGCAUGUGAACGGAUAUUUUCCAAAGCUAGUGAUAAAAUAACAAAAAAACGAAAUAGAAUGAAUCCGAAGAUGGUUCAAUCUAUGAUGACACUGGAAUCUUGGAUUAAAAAUGGAUAA